UUAUGAGGCAAUCCAUAAGUUCGUCAUUUUUAGGUUAUCUUGGUUAUUCAUUGCAUACCGAGUCCGGGAAUCAACCUUAUAUUGAAUCAGAUAUACAGGCUGUCCCAUUUCCGGAUCCACUUAAUACAACUUCUUCCCAGACUGUGAAUGGAAGUUAUUAUGCAUCAUUACAGUUUAUCGUAGAUCCUAAGCUUGUUAUAAGGAAAGAAAUAGAACAAAGGAGCAAAUCUCUUACUGGGUAUUAUGGGUGGAAUUUGGAGUUCCAUGGUUAUGGCAUGAUCUACCCAUGGGGUCUUGUACAAAGAUUAGGUCCGUUCAAAGAAAAAUAUAAAGAAAAACUCUCAUCAUUGGAUGUAGAGUUGCAAUCUGAUGAUCCUGAUAUUAAAGAAACUUUUAACACCAAAGAAUAUGAGAUUUCCUCAAUCCGAAAACAACUUAAUGAUUUCGAAAAGAGACUUAAAUUCUAUGAAAACAUUGUCGAUACAUCAAUAUUAAUUUCUAAUGAGACAGGUGCAUCACCCACUACUGGCAAUAA